AUGGAAUACGAAGAAGGUAUGCUUACUUUGGACGAGUGCGACAAGAAAGCAAUCCGUAAGGUAUCACUAAAUAAAUUCUAUAAGAAAAGUACGACUUUGGGAAGAGGUUACUUCGGAAUCGUACGAAAAAUUGUCCACAAGAAGACUGGACUGUCGUACGCAGCAAAGUACAUUAAAAAGAACAAAUCGGAAGAGAAUUGGUUAGAGGCGAUCCACCACGAAAUAGCGGUGUUACAAAGUGUUAGCACUUUGCACAGCCAAAACCUAGUCCAUAUGGACAUAAAAUCAGACAAUAUACUGUUAUCGGAACCGGAUUCUUUUGAUAAUAUAAAAUUAUGUGACUUCGGCCUUGCGAAGUGUUUGGAAUCGGGUAAGGAAGUGAGAACGACACAAGGAACUUUGGAUUAUGUUCCACCAGAAGUGCUGAAGCAGAAGCCGAUCACGAAAAAAUCUGAUGUCUGGUCGAUCGGUGUUCUCACAUAUUACCUUGUUAGCGGAUAUACGCCUUUUACAGUCAAAACAGAUUUUAAAACGAUGACGAACAUUGAGAACGGUAUUUUGGAAUUUGGCGAAGAAUCAUUUCGUUCCAUUUCGGUGGAAUGUAUUGAUUUUAUCAAAUCAAUGCUUGUUGUUGAUCCAGACUUGAGACCAACAGUGGAUGAAUUGCUGCAGCACGCAUGGUUUUCAACUGACAUAUAA